AUGGCGGGGAGUACUAGGCAGGAAAGUCAGGAUACGACGAGGGAGGAUCUGCGUUACCUUGACACUCGACCUUAUCUAGACAGAACUGUUGUCCCUGUUUUAAUGCAGGGACUCUCAUUCUUGGCCAAAGAAAGGUUUGAUAAUUUAACAGCUUAUUCUUUUAUGUAGACCACCAAACCCCAUCGGGGCACUUGCAAAUUUCCUUAUGCAACACGCAGAAGGCCACGAACAGCAGUCAUGA